UCAAUUCACACCACGCUAUAGAGAUCGCAACGUCUCCAGCGUUAAUCUACCGACGUGUCCAUGACAGAAACCUGACAUAACUACGCCUAGUUUGACCUCCUCAAACAUCCAGUUCCUCCUCACCUGGGACCUAUUUUGGAGGAGGAGCAUAAAUAAACAAAAGCCCGGAUCGAACAGCACACACCCAACAUGUCGACCGCCACACCUUUCACCCUUGACGUCGCGACAUGUCUUUGCAUCGCGUUUGCCCUUUCCUUCAUGCCAGCCGCCUACAUCCUGGGCCGGUCGUUAAUCCCCUCCACUCACAUGCGAAACCGUAUCCUCUUCUUCUGGCACGCCUAUGACGCCCUCACCCACAUCUUCAUCGAAGGCUCAUUCCUCUACGAGUGCUUCUUCAGCUACACAAAACUCCCCUCCGGAUUCAACCGCCCACCCUACUUCCUCGAUCAGAAGGACCGCGUAUACGGAGCUGCGUACGGAACUCGUCCCAGCUCGCGACUGUGGCAGGAAUACGCUAAGGCCGAUUUCCGCUGGGCGGCCGCUGACGCCAACGUGAUUUCCCUCGAAUUGUUGACCGUUUUCCUCGGAGGCCCCGCGGCACUCUAUGUCUGCUAUCUUCUGUGGAAGGCCUCCAGCAGCCGGACAAGUGCCGCGGCAAAAGGUUCCGCGAAAGCGAAGCUGUGGUUGGUGGCGCCUGCUCUGGCAACCGCUGAGCUGUACGGCGGGUUCAUGACCUUUGCGCCUGAAUGGCUUACCGGUAGCUCGCAGUUGGAGACGAGUAACCCCGUAUAUCUGUGGUUCUACCUGUUCUUUUUCAAUACUCUCUGGGUGUGGGUUCCUCUGUGGGUGUUGUGGGAGGCUACCAAGGAGCUGCGCACCGCCUUUACGAAGGCUGAAGGUGCAGCUGAAACUCGCAAGAGCAAAUAAACAACAGCAUAUUAUAGAUCGGUUGAGCAAGCGCCUGUGACGAAGGACUGUUGAUUAGAGUUACAGAGUCAGCAAUUUGACGCAUGAGCAAAGGCGCUUAUGGUUUCCAUCUUUUUGCAAAUGAUCAUGAGAAUAUCCCUAUAUAUAAUUAGCUUUCCAACUAGAAGCUUGACUAUGUGAGAUGAAGCGAAAUUGAAAUUAAUC